AUGUUGCUAGAAAACGAAGCAGAGCUGAAACGCGAAAAGAAAAAGAAAUUUAUUUCAAAUAUAAAGGUUAAUGAACAAGAGUAUCCAGUUUACAAAAAUGCAAUGUGGGCUAUACACGGUAUAACAAAAUUUAGAGUAGAAAACAUUGCUAAAUCCCUAAAAUCCAAUAUUAUGCCUCAACCGGACAUGCGAGGAAGACAUUUAAACAGGCCAAACAAGAUCCCUGAAAAUGUUGUUAGAACUAUAGACGAUCAUAUAAGAAGUUUUACCAGACGAUCUUCCCAUUAUAGCAGGGGAAAAAACAAUGGACGAUAUACUACUUGCUGGCAGAGUUAA